AUGCUAAAGGUUAGCUCACGUUUUACGGAAGGCUUUUCAUCAAAUGCUAACCAGCGAUUCACUUCAUCAAGUGGUAGAAUGUUCCAGGGUAUCCGUGUCAUAACGCUGGAUGCGCUAAAUACGCUAAUUCGUUUAGAGCAAUCGCCAGGACAUACAUAUGCUGAUUUUGCCAAGCAUGUCAAUAUUCAAUGCAAUGCCGAUGAAUUAAAUAAAGCAUUUCGACGGAAUUUCAAAAAUUUGUCGAAACAAAAAUUGUGUUAUGGAUUUGGGAAAGAUGGUGAAAUGGCAUGGUGGAUUGAGCUCGUGAAAAACUGCUUCGCAGAUAUUGGUAAGAAAAGUGCUGAGCUAGAUAAACUAGCGCAUAAGCUUUUUGUUUAUUACGGUUCCGUGAAACCGUGGAGAUUAGUUGACAAUCAGGUCCAUGAUCAUUUGAAGGAGUUACAAAGUCGAAAAAUUCGAUUAGGUGUAAUAUCGAAUUUUGACCGACGUCUUAGGGAUAUUCUGAAAGGUUUAAAGCUAUCGUCCUAUUUCGAAAUAUUACUUUUAAGCGGGGAAAUAGGUAUGGAAAAACCAAAUAAGCAAAUUUUCGAAAAAGCUGCGAAAUACUUUCAAAUUAGUCAAAUGGAGGAUAUGCUUCAUGUAGGUGAUGACGAAGAGAAAGAUUUCAACGGUGCGAGGAAGGCGGGUGCAAGGGCUGCUCUAUUAAAUCCAGAUGGAGUAUCUUGUAAUAAUAAGGAACAUGCUGUUCGUUCGUUGAAAGAUAUAAUCGAUGAGUUAGAAUAA